UUUCCUGCACAUAGACGGGAGAGCGGAUGUACAGAUGUGGAGGAAGGGAGAAGAGCUCAUUUGGCUCUCCCUGAACGUCCUGCUGUUUUGGAAAACCUUCCUGCUGUACAAUCAAGGGCCAGAAUAUCACUACCUCCAUCAGAUGUUGGGCCUAGGAUUGUGUAUAAGCAGAGCCUCGGCAGCUGUUCUUAACCUCAAUUGCAGCCUUAUCCUAUUACCCAUGUGCCGAACACUGCUGGCUUAUCUUCGAGGAUCUCAGAAGGUGCCAAGCAGGAGAACAAGAAGAUUGUUGGAUAAAAGCAGAACAUUCCAUAUAACCUGUGGUGUUACUAUCUGUAUUUUCUCAGGAGUGCACGUGGCUGCCCAUCUGGUGAACGCCCUCAACUUCUCAGUGAACUACAGUGAAGAUUUUGUUGAACUGAAUGCAGCAAGAUACCAAAAUGAGGCCAUUUAUGUAUUGAGUUUCUCUAGGUCACACUGUGGGCAUUUUUAUCAUACCAAGAAGAUAAGUCAUGUUACCCAAAGCAAGGAUCCUAGAAAACUUCUCUUCAUGACUGUUCCUGGCCUGACAGGAGCCUGCAUGGUAGUGGUGCUAUUUCUCAUGAUUACAGCUUCCACGUAUGCAAUAAGAGUUUCCAAUUAUGAUAUCUUCUGGUAUACUCAUAACCUCUUCUUUGUCUUCUACAUGCUGCUGAUGUUGCAUGUUUCAGGAGGGCUGCUGAAGUAUCAAACCAAUUUAGAUACUCACCCUCCUGGCUGCAUCUUUCUUAACCAAACCCGCAAUCCGGAUGUUUCCUUACCAGACGUUCUCUCAGAACAUUUUCAUGAACCUUUACCUGGAGGAUUUUCAAACCCGGAAGGGCUGAACCGAAACACAUUUGUGAAGAUUUGUGUGGAAGAGCCCAGGUUUCAAGCUAAUUUUCCACAGACUUGGCUUUGGAUUUCUGGACCUUUGUGCCUGUACUGUGCCGAAAGACUUUAUAGGUGUAUCCGGAGCAAUAAGCCAGUCACCAUCAUCUCGGUCAUUAGUCAUCCAUCAGAAGUCCUGGAAAUCCGAAUGGUCAAAGAAAAUUUUAAAGCAAGACCUGGCCAGUAUAUUAUUCUACAUUGUCCCAGUGUAUCUGCAUUAGAAAACCAUCCAUUUACCCUCACAAUGUGCCCUACUGAAACAAAAGCAACAUUUGGAGUCCAUCUUAAAAUAGUAGGAGACUGGACAGAACGAUUCCGAGAUUUGCUCCUGCCUCCGUCUAGUCAAGACUCUGAGAUUCUGCCCUUCAUUCAAUCUAGAAAUUAUCCCAAGGUAUACAUUGAUGGUCCAUUUGGAAGUCCAUUUGAGGAGUCACUCAACUACGAGGUCAGCCUCUGCGUGGCUGGAGGAAUUGGAGUUACUCCAUUUGCAUCAGUACUCAACACCUUGCUAGAUGACUGGAAACCAUACAAGCUGAGAAGACUGUACUUUAUUUGGGUGUGUAGAGACAUCCAGUCCUUCCAUUGGUUUGCAGACUUACUCUGUAUGCUGUAUAACAAGUUUUGGCAAGAGAACAGACCUGACUAUGUCAAUAUCCAGCUGUACCUUAGUCAGACAGAUGGGAUUCAGAAGAUAAUUGGAGAAAAAUACCAUGCAUUGAAUUCACGACUCUUUAUUGGACGUCCUCGGUGGAGACUUCUGUUUGGUGAAAUAGCAAAAUAUAACAGAGGGAAAACAGUUGGUGUUUUCUGCUGUGGACCCAACUCAAUUUCCAAGACCCUUCAUAAACUGAGUAACCAGAAUAACUCAUUUGGGACGAAAUUUGAAUACAAUAAAGAAUCUUUCAGCUGAAAAAUGCUGAUUGAACCAAGACUUUAAAGAAAGAAUGAGUGCAAUUUUUAAGACUGAGGACUCAGCUGAAUCAAACAGUUGGUUUUCUUAUUUAUGAUUAUUUAAAAUGAAAACGCAGAGAAUAUCGUAAGAUGACAGGUCACAUUGCAUGUUUAAUCUGGAAACCAAAGAGGCCUUGAAGAAUAUUUGAUGUGGUGAUUCAUUUUUUGAUGAUCAAAUGAGAAGACCAUGAUUAGAUGCACACUUGAUUUUUAUGGCAGAUUCAAGAACUCCCUCAUGAGGAGCUGAACUAGUCUACUCUGAAGAUGAUAGCUGUGGUCCUCUCUAAAUUGCUUAUGGUUGAACAAAAUUAAAAAUUCACUAAAACUCAUAUUAUAUCUUCUACAUUGUUUAUACACAGUAGCUUUAAUUUGGAAGUGCUCCUGGCAAAUAUAUUUGUGUUUAAAAAUGCAACACACAACUCUGUAUUGGUACGGGUACUAUGUAUUGAUAUCUAAUCUUCCUUACUACUGUUGCUUAUACCUCCACUUGAUAUCUCUAGAUUAUAUACUGAUCAAAACUUCUGCAGGUAUUGAUAUAGUAUCUUCUCCCUUUAUCUGUCUCUCUCUCUCUCUCUCUCUCUCUCUCUCUUUCCUUUCUUUCUUUUUCUUUUGUCUGUCUAGGAAAAUCUGCACUCCCCUAACAUGCGUUAGAUACAGUGAUCUUAUAAGUCUUUUUCCUCUCCAAUUUAUUUAACCUAU